AUGUUCGUCUUGGGGAUCCGAGUUCCCUUCAGACAGCCAACAUGGGAGGACAAUAAUGCCUUUGCAGAUCUAGGAGUGAGGCACAGCCAGUGCAAUGCCAGGGAAUGCCUUUACCCUGGAGGCAGGGAGGAGGCAGAGGAAGAGGGGCCCUGGCAACUGCUCCUGUGCUCCUCCUGUGCUGCCGAGGGCACCCACAGGCGCUGCUCUGGCCUGAGAAACCACAUACAGAGAUGGGAGUGUGACAGCUGUGCUGGUCUCGGAACGGGUAUGAGUCAAAGCAGCCGGUGUCCCUGGGCUGGGGUCAGUGCCCAGGCUGCGCUUGGCAGAGCCCGUCCGCUCCUGGAGGGCUGGGGGCACUGCUCUGGCCUGGGCUGCCUUGGGCCUGAGGGGCCUUUGACAUUCCUGCUUGCCCUUACAGCCGCCAGGGAUGAGCCGGAGCCCAGUGGCCCCAGCCUGGCCAGACAGUCAGGACUGGAAUCUGCUCAUGGCUCCUCAGAAUCUGAGGCCAUCAGGCCCAGCUCCCGCACCCCGGUGGCACCGGAGCUGGCUUUCCCGUCGCCAUCUCCAGAGACAAGCAGCCACAGCAGCCACCAACACACAGCAGGAAGGAAGCAAUCGCUGCCAUCUUCCUUGCUGGACACCAGCAGCCCCAGCACAUCAGGGCCUACAUACAGCAGCUCCCCAGACCCUGAGGACAGGGUCCCUUCCAGACGUGCUGGGCCCGGCCGCAGGCGAAGCAGCUCUCGCCAGCAAGGUCGGGCCCCAAAUCGACCCGUCCGAUCUGGGAGUUGCUGUGACAGGAGCAGCGGGACAAUACCAAGGGAUGAGAGGCUCCGGAGAAGGGAGACACCAUCACGGACAUCCCCCAGGCAAGGCCGUGCCCCCCAGCAAGGUUGGGCCCAGAGUCCCCGUGUCCGGUCCAGGAGUCGCCGUGACAGGAGCAGUGGGCUAGGGCCAAGGGCUGAGAGGCCCAGACAAAGGGAGACGCCACCACCGGCAUCCCCCAGACGCAGCCGCUCCGGCCAGCAAGGUCCGGCCCAGAGUCCCCCUGUCCGGUCCAGGAGACGCCGUGACAGGAGCAGCAUGAGCGGACCAAGGCCUGAGAUGCCCCGGAGAAGGGAAACACUGUCAUGGGAAUCCCCCAGACGCAGCCGCUCCGGCCAGCAAGGCUGGGCCCAGAGUCCCCCUGUCCGGUCCAGGAGUCGCCGUGACAGGAGCAGCAUAAGCGGACCAGUGCCUGAGAUGCCCCGGAGAAGGGAAACACCGUCAUGGGCAUCUCCCAGACGCAGCCGUGCCCCCCAGCAAGGUCCGGCCCAGAGUCCCCCUGUCCGGUCCCGGAGUCGCCGUGACAGGAGCAGCAUGAGCGGACCAGGGCCUGAGAUGCCCCGGAGAAGGGAAUCAGCGUCACCGGCAUCCCCCAGAUGCAGCCGCUCCCGCCUGCAGCGCCGGGCCUCGAAUCAACGUGUGCGGUCCAGGAGUCCCCAGGACAGGAGCAGGAGGACAGCAGCGAGUGCUGAGAGGCCCAGGCCCAGGGGGACACCGUCGGGGACGUCCCGCAGGAGCAACCGCUCCCCCGAGCGACGUCGCACCUCAACUCGGACCUCCAACAGCAGCACGUAG